AUGGACAAGGAAAGCAAGUUGACGAAAGGUAUUUAUAGAGAGCUUAGUGAAUUAGAUGAAUUCUGUGAAAUUUCUACAACAGCAUCCUUUGCUAAAUCAAACGAUGGAGGCCUUUCUAGUAAUCUGGUGCCAUACGAAGCUCCGAUGACAAAGACUGGUAACUCCUCUCGUUUGGAAAUCGAGGAAGAAGAUCGCCUGACUGGUUCCGUUUCCUAUAAGAUUUACUGGACGUACCUUGCAUGCGGAGUGUCAAAGUUCUUCAUAAUGAUCUGGGGAGCUUUAAUAGUUUUACCUGAAGGUUAGUGAAAUAUAAUCAUUGCAGAAAACACUUGGCACAUUUACGUAUGAGACCUUAUCUAGAAAGCAAAUGGCACCAUCUAAGCUAUCUAACCAGGAGAGAUGCUGGUUUAGGGAAAAUUCAAGACAGUUAUGCAGACCCAAGAGGUAGGAAAGGGUUUGGAUAACUUUUGAAAUUAGAUGGAGCUAAGAAAUUACGGGAAUAUACUUUAUUACCGUUACAAAUUAUUCCCCAUGGAAAACCCCGAAAACUAAUUUGACAGACCCCUGCCCAACAUAGGUAGCCCAACCUUGAACAGUCAGCCUCUAAAAAUAUGCAACUAUGCUAGCUUUUGCGCAGUGGUAAAAAUACAAGGAUUUGUAUGGGAAUAAACGGUCGCACUCUCAACCAAAAAUUCAAAAAUAGUUUUACAUAAAAACAAACUUACCUUGCUUAAGUGGUUGUUCCUUUUUAUCUUGUGAGAUGUUUCAGCUUAGUUAGCGCCUUUUAACUAGCUCGGUUUUAGUUGUAUUUCGCCCAUUGCGCAAUGUAAACAUAUUUACAUAUUAACGGAGGCUCAAUGUGCGAGUUUGGUCUACCUGUGGUAGUAACUAACAUUUUCUUAAUCAGUGGAGACCUCCUGAGAUUUAAAUUGCCUCACAGUGAUAGAUUCUAAUUCAUGGUUUUGAUCCAUGCUCCUGUUUGGCGUUUCCGUGUUUCUUCAGUCGAUGUCGUCUACACUUUCACGUUAUUGCGAUUUAUUCUAUCUAUUCUAUAAACAGAUGGUCAACACUGAAGUCGCCUUAAAAUUGUUUGUCCUAUCCCUCUAAGGUGUAAACAAUAACUUCAAAGAAAUAUCCACCAAUUUUGGUCAAUUUGUUUGAAAUCAUCAUUAAUCGAUCAAGCCUGGUAUUUAGCAACAUUUAGAAUACCUCAUGGAGAGUCUGCACGUAUGGUAUUUGAGUGGUUUAGCAAGAGGACGAGAACGUUAUUUCAGAACGGCACGCCCAGCAAAAAUGUCGAUAAGAAACUGGGUCGAGAACGCCCUCGAGUUGUGUUGAAAAGUGAUUUAGCAGUCGUUGCAAUGAGAAUCAUCACCUCGGCUCUCUAAAGAUCACCAUCACUUUUGAAUUUUCGGUUUUAUAGACCACUCUAAGGACAACGAAAUUAUCUUCUUUGAGAGUUAUGUAACAAGAGCAAACAGAUUAUAGUUCUAGAUACGGCAAGUAAGUUGUUAACUAUGAAUCCACAUGGGCGAUUAAACUUUGAAACUAGUCCAUUUCAGUUUAGUCUCGAGUCUGCUGAUUCAUCUGUCAAAUUUUGAAGCCCGCUAAAUAGUUUUUUUCUAUGAUUUGUGUCGCUGUCAUUUAGUUUCGUGCUACUAGAAUUCAGCACUAUUCGUUUUUCUUUAUAAUUUUGUAAACGAUAAUUUGGAAAUUGUCGUCGUUUUUCCCCAUGUUUACUGAAUAUUCUUCUCAAUUAUGACAGAACAUCUCUUGUGAGCACCACCUUGUUAGAGUUGAAAUGCAUUUUGAACGGAAUUAUCAAGAGUUAUGGCGAAACCAUGUAGAAAUCAAGCGACCCAAAGGUGGAGUUGUUUACGAUGAGUUCCUAUUUAUCCGUGAAAGAAUGAAAUUAACUCAAACUAGUCAUCAACGAAACAGUUAGACUUAGGAGUAAAACUUCGUUCCUGUUUUAUUAUUUUUUUCGUUUUUGUUUAAUUUAAUUUUUUUGAAAUGAAUGAAGUCGUUCAAGACUGAAUCAAAUUAAUAGAUUUAGAAAGCCGUGCCGAAAUCAAGUUGAUUGUCAUUUUAUUUCGAAGCGAGAGCAUGACUUUCUUGUCUUAGUUUUCACCGGCGCUGAUACAAAAUUUCAAAGAUAAAACAGUACAUACCUGAGCUAUUCUCAAUUUUUUUUCAUCUCUGACUUCAAUUUGCAGAAAAGUUUUCAAUCACGGUAAAAACGGUAGUAACAACAAAUAACACUGAAUAAUACAGUAGGUAAGCGUCACGAUAUUUCAUUUUGAUAAACUUCACCAUGAAGCAAGUUUAAUUUAUUGAUGAAUUGAUUCAUGAUAAAAUCAACAGCGUCUCAUUCUUAGAGUUUCACUACAGCAUUAAAGAAAUGUAUCAAAGAAUAACCCUUUGGCUGUUUUAAGCCUUGCUCAAUUUCAAGUGUACUGAGUCCUAAAAUCUUGGAUCCGGCGCUUGCCAACGAUUGUGUUUCCUUUCGGGAAUUCAGCAUAAAUGAAGCGGUAAAUUUUCCCAAAAUACACCGAAUAAACCAAAGGAAGGGACCAGGUUAUCCUGGAAAUAAGUUCUGAAAUAAUUCCAAACAGUAUUAUCUCGUUUAUAAGCGCAAAAUUUACGCAAAUCCCAGGCGUUUUGAUCGUGAUGGGAAAACCAGCGUAAUGACGUCCUGAACUUGUUGGGGAGAACGGCAACGCUAACACCGGAAGUCAAAAUAGAGUCGUGUCCAGACUAUCCGCGCGCUUUCCCGUUCUGAAAUGACGUUCCCGUCCUCUUGCUAAAUCACUCUGUUUACGUGCGAGAAGGUGGUAUCGGAAAUCGAAUGAGUGGGAGCAGUGAACGAGUGAGAUUUCUGAAACAUAUGGUGAUUUUGUUGCAUGUUUGAAUAGGUAGUCAGAAGAAGGUUCAGUUUUUAUGGGCUACCCCGCCGUUGAAUAACAAUGAUUUUUUGUGUGUGCUGAAGUGGUUAUAAGAUGAAUAAAUAACGCAUGUAAUUUAAAUUAAUUUACCUACCAAAAGAAACUCAUGCGCUCGAAACUGUCCAUUUCCUUGUUGACAGGAGCUGUUUUAGCUUCCAGCCUUUGGCUUGCAUAUUGGACAAAGCAAUCGUGGGAAGAUCAGCAGAAAGCUGAAAACGCUUAUGUCUAUAUCUGUCAAGAGAGUGGCUGCUUCAUCUUCGCUUCAAUGCGCUCCUUUCUUUCCUUCUACGGAAUGAUCAAGAGUUCUUCCGGCCUGCAUGCCGCCAUGCUGACUUCAUUGUUGAAAACUCCCGUUUCUUUCUUUGAUGUGAAUCCAGCUGGUCGUAUCUUAAAUCGCUUUGCUAAGGACGUUGGGUGUAUGGAUGAAGUAUUGCCUUAUGUCCUUUCAGAGUCUGUUCAAUACGCCAUGUUCACCAUUAGUAUUUUGGUUUUGAUAUCUGUUGUUAACGUGUGGAUCAUUGGAGCAAGUGUGCCUUUCACAGUCCUUUCGCUGUAUGUUAGCAAACGCUAUAUAAUCACAGCACGUGAGAUCAAGAGAAUCGAAGCCAUCACGAGCAGUCCAGUAUGCUCACACGUGACAAAUACAAUUCAAGGCAUCACGACGGUUCGUGUGUACAAAAGAAAAGGAGUAUUCCUGGAUCGUUUUUACAGGUAACUUAAAGCUUUAUUGUAAGAUCGUCAUUAAAUUAACUUAGAAGGGUUGGGGGGAGUGAUUGGUGCAUGGUGAUACAGGGUUUCUUUUAAACCUUUUGACGGGGAAUUUAGUUUUAUUUAAUAUCACCAAAGGAAAUGCUUGAAUUUUUACAGGUAACUUAAAGCUUUAUUGUAAGAUCGUCAUUAAAUUAACUUAGAAGGGUUGGGGGAGUGAUUGGUGCAUGGUGAUACAGGGUUUCUUUUAAACCUUUUGACGGGGAAUUUAGUUUUAUUUAAUAUCACCAAAGGAAAUGCUUGAAUACAAUCUUUCUGCGCUGUUUCUACUAGCCUAACCUAACUACAGGAUCUGAAAAUGAAAUGUUCAGUGAAAUCCGGCCGAAUUGUGGCUCGUAAAAACAGGCUAGUCUUUUAACAUGAUAAAUAGUAAAAAAAUGCUCAAGGCGUUUGUUUUUAUAAAUGAAUAGCCGAAUUCACAGGAAUUUGAGGAUUGCUCGGGGUAAAAGCGUACGUAAAACUCGGCUGCGGUGACUAAUGUGGCCUUCCACUCAAUGCAUCGGAAAGGAUAUCAGAUUAAGCUCUUAGUUGUUAAAUCGAAGGGUGGCUGAUAUGGCUUGCUUCACUACCAUGACCGGGGAAAGUUGUGAUCAGCUAGCCACGAUGGACCGCAGCAUGAACGCAGUCUCUCGUACACCGUCAUGAUUUGUGAAAAUUUUUAACGGUCAUGCCAGGGUGGUUAUAUUUCUCAUCAGUCCUGUUUUUUCUGUUUUAUUCUGCUUUGUUCUGUUUUGUUUUGAACAGGAAACUAUAUAUACUAUACGAGUGAUAGCUGUGUUCAAAUUUUUACCACUAUACAUACUUAAGUGAUGAGCGUGAAAAACUUCAAAACUCGGCCUGACAGUUUAUAUCGUUUUCCGUCUCAGCUCAAGUUAUAAUUUCGUCAGUACGGCGCUUGGCAUGUUUACAAACUUUUGUCUGGUGCCUAUGUUGCUACUGGCCGGCUCGCUCGUUCCUAUAUUUCACCUCCUAUUUCCGUGCAAUUUGUGCUGUUACCUACAAGUUUUUCGAUAUCAAUUGAAGCUAAGAGCUCGGUUUUAUGUUCGUGAUACAGGCCAUGCAAGACUUAUCGAUCAAUUAACAAAAAAAGCUAGCGAAGUCCGGGAGAUCGUCGGGCAUUUUAUAAGUUGGCAGAUGGCAGGACUGCUUUAUCUGACUGAGCUCCGUAUUUUAUACUCUGAUAAAACAUGCUUUUUCAACCAAUGAGAGCGCACUUUAUACCCGAACGUUAUUAUAAUAUGGAUUAAUCCACUUUAUCUUUGUCAUAUUAUCGUCUUUAUAUCGUCAGAAAGUUUUUUCUCUUAGUUAUCAAGAUGCAAACAACAGAACUUUGUUCUGCUAUACUGCUUCGCUCAAGUGGCUUGGUAUUCGCCUCGAUUAUCUAAGUUCACUCCUGGUUACUGUUGUAACUUUAGCCGCCAUUUUUCUUUCUGGUGAUACAGGUAAAUGACUUUUUCUCUUUUCUAACAUAUUUCGUAGUCAUUCUUCGCUUAGUGCCUAUGACUGAGAGAGAAUUCUUAGAGGAUCAAUAUUAUACAGCGAAGAGUGAUAAAAAUAGUGAAAUUGUCUUAUAAACUAGAAAUUCCUUUCAAGCUCUUUUUGAUAUAAAGACCCCAAAGGGCAAACCACAAUAUAUUCUCGGAUUCUUGCAGAUCGGCGGCUGAUAUUUCUUCCGUUCCUCUUCCUCUAUUUUCUAUCGGUAGGAACUUUUCAAUUUUAAGUGAUAUGAGAAUUUCUUCUUUCUGCCAGUAUUUUAUUUUUCUUUAGAGAAGGAUCAUCCAUCUCGGCCUCAGAGAACUUCACAAAUCUAUCGCUAGCCAUUUAUCACUGACCGUUUCUUCAAUCAACUGCUCAUUGCAUUUCACGUGUGAUGUGUUUGCCAGUAAUUUAAUUUUAUUGCAUUUUCUCAGCUUUAUCAGGCUUAUCAAUGAGCUAUUGUCUGCAUCUCACCAACACAGUUUAG